GAUUCACUUCAUUCAAAAAUCAAAGUGGCGGGAAGGGAAGAAAUGGCUCCCAGCUCAUAAACAUUGAACAUGACUUGCAUUUUCAAAUGCAAUGCAUGAGCAGAAUGACAAAUUCAGAAAGUUUAAUUUGAUCCCAGAUAAUGUCAAAAAUUACUAAACCGCCUGACCUGAAAUCGGUCGCAGCAGCUAAGGGGAAGGCCGCCCAGUAUGUGAGCAGCAAAGAAACGAAUAGUUUGGUUAAGAAGGCAAUUCUUGAAGAGCUCAAUUCGCACUUCUUGUCAAUAAAGCCGGAAAAGAUUCAUCGUGCCUCAGGAAAAGGACGAGGAAAAAUUCAUGGUAGGAUUGCAGAUGAUCGCAACCCGUAUCAUGAAGAUUCAGCCUUUGUGAAGAAAAAGGAUGCAAAAACUUUUGUAGAGAGGCAUGGAGAAAUAGCAUCAAAUGAGAUGGCAAAUGCAUCAAAAAUCCCCAGACCAAUAGGAAGAACUUUAGAGAAAUAUGAAAAAGAUAAAAAAUUGUCAAGAGCAAAAAAAGAUGCCAGCCCUACAAACAUACCAGAUUAUGACUGGAAUAAAAAAGGAAGAGUUGUUGAGUUGAAGACAAGAUAUCUUGCCAGGAAAUAUUUACAUAUUUGGUUGAAGAAAGUGUAUGGGAGAAUAGCACCAUCAGCAGCAAGGAUGCACUUUGAGAAAAAGUUGAUAAAGAAAGCAUUUGAAAGUCUAGAAGACUUAUGGUGGAACAGUAGAAAGGGUUGGAAACUUAACAUCAGAGCUGAAUAUCAUGAUAGGUAUAGAUUGUGGAAAAUUCAUUUUAAAACAUGGAAAAUGUAUCUUCUGAAUCAAAAGGAGAAGAAAGUUAAAGUAGCGCUAGCCAAGAAAUUUGAUGAAAUGAACAGUCAAAGACGAUGUUUUAAGGCUGUCAAGAGCUACUGUCUUUACAGAAAAAGCAUCAAAAAGGAACAACAGAAAGCAGAUCAUUUUCAUAAUCAUGCUGUCACAAGGCUUGCUUUUACUCAAUGGUUUGCACGGCUUCAGCUGGCAAGGCAGAACAUGGCCAUGGAGAUGCAAGCAUUGUCCUUUUGGGCUUACAGAUUAAAAUUUAAGAUAUUUGAAGAAUGGAAAAUCCGCAAGCUAGAAAAAGUGUCAGAGAACGAGAAACUGGCUAUAGCUAGCAGACACAACAGCAACAAAAUAAAUAAGAGAAGCUUUGAUGCUUUGAAGUCUUAUGUAUCUUAUAGGAGGCAAAAUAAUUCUAUUAAAGGAUUCGCAACUAGGCAAUAUGAACAAAGUUUAAAAAGGUCAACAAUGAAAAAGUGGUAUUUUCAACUACAACGUCAAAUCGAAAUCAAAGAACUUGAAGACCGGAUCCAUUACACAUCAACAAAAUUCGUUAAAAGGGCCUAUUUUAUUCGUUGGAAGACUUGUAUCCUUCAAAAUAAUUUUCGGAGAUUAAACGUACAAUGCCUGCCAAAAACUUGAAACCCUGAAGUUAGUUUACACUACGGUAAAAUUCAGCCAUCCCCCUUCUCCCCCACGGAACAAUGUUAGUUUACUAUAAAACGGGUAAGAGAAUUAGAAACUACCUUUUUUUAAUUUCUUUUAUGAUAUUUGUUUUAAACUAUCAACAUUGCUCUAAGAGGAAGGGGACAGAAGUAGUAAUUUUUCAGUUGCUUCAUGUUUCUCGGGCGCGGAAGUAAUAAUUCAAUGAAAAUUGCUAGUUGUUCCAACUACUUUUGGCACGCAUUGUACCUCUAGACUUCAUUUUAGGCUUGAUUAAAGUUCUUAGAAUCCUUUACUUUGUUCUCCACCGAUAUUUUCUAAGUUUUAAUAAUAAUUGGAUUGAAGAAACGCCUAGAAAUUUCGUUAAUAGUUCAGUAAAAUUUAUGUAACCGUUGAAUUUUGUUUAAGGAAGCUGCAUGCCAACCAGAGGGGUAAUUUUGUUUUUUAUUUGGAAUUUCGAAAUCUUUUG